UCUGUGGUGAUAGAUUAAUAAAUGAUUAAACAUAGUGGAUUAGCUACCCAUGAGAUUAUCAAAUAAUAGUUGUCAUUUUUAUUUUUCAGUCUUACAUGAGACACAGUUUACUCAACAAGUUGCCAAUAUUUACCACUGUUUUCACUCAUUUAACAUGUAGAACACUCUCUAUUUUCAGUGUUGCUUCUCCAAGCUGUUUUAAUAAAAAUCCUUUCACUUCUGUGUCCAAUUGCCCGAUUGACGUUCGGUGCAAUCGUAUAAAUCGAGCAUAUUUUUCUAGUAUGCCACCCGUCGAAACGUCUGGCUCUGAUAUUUCAUCUCAAAUUGAUGAACUGAUAAAAAAACAAAAGGCUCUCAUCUUCUCCAAAUCAUGGUGUCCAUUUUGUAAGAAGGCGAAAAAUUUUUUCGAUUCUAUCAACGUUCCCUGGUUUGCCAUCGAAUUGGAUGAAAGAGAAGAUGGACCUCUGUGGCAGGAAACUCUUCUCACGAAGACAGGGAAGAAAACUGUUCCUCAAAUUUUUGUUGAUGAACAAUUUAUUGGUGGAUGUGAUGAUCUUCUCAAAGCUGGCUCUGAUGGUAAAUUGAGCUUGAUUCUCUCACCGAAAGUGCAUGACUAUGAUCUUGUUGUUAUUGGUGGAGGAUCUGGAGGAUUAGCUUGUGUUAAGGAAGCUGGCCGUUUGGGCAGGAAAGUAGCCUUGAUCAAUUAUGUUUCUCCAUCGCCUCGUGGAUCACGUUGGGGCUUAGGUGGAACCUGUGUUAAUGUCGGUUGUAUUCCAAAAAAACUUUUUCAUACUGCAGCACUCGUUGGUCAAUCAAUUAGAGAUUCAAGUUCAUUUGGCUGGAUGACAAAUGAUAAUGAUACAUUGGACAUCCAGAAAAAUGUUCAUAUGGACUGGAAAAAACUCGUCAAGAAUGUCCAAACGCAUAUAAAGAGUUUGAAUUUUGGUUACAAAGUGUCUCUGCGAAAGAAAAAUGUCGAACAUAUAAACGCAAUUGGUACUCUUGAAGAUGCACAUACAAUUAAGCUAUCUUAUGAUAAUCAAGAAGUUAAAUAUAUAACAGCAGACUCAAUCUUAAUCGCUGUUGGUACUCGGCCAAAUUAUCCAAAUAUCCCUGGUGCAAUGGAAUACGGGAUAACUAGUGACGAUUUAUUCAGUAUGCCUUAUCCGCCUGGUAAAACUUUGGUUGUUGGAGCCUCUUAUGUUGCUUUAGAAUGCGCGUCAUUUCUUCAGGCUUUUGGUUUCGAUACAACUGUUAUGGUUCGAUCCAUAUUACUCAGAGGAUUUGAUCAAGAAUGUGCGAAUCGAGUAGGAGAAAUUAUGGAGCAUGAAGGAAUUAAAUUUAUCCGAGACUGUGUGCCAGAAUCAAUUGAACAAAUAACUCCAGGCGAACCUGGUCUUUUAAGAGUCAGAGCAAAACUCACCAAUGGUGAAUCUAUUGUAGAUGAAUUUAACACCGUUGUCUUUGCUAUUGGUCGAUCAACUCGAUUUGAUGGAUUUGGAAUCGAUAAACUUGGAAUUCAAUGUACCAAAAGUGGCAAAAUUUUGAUAAAAAAUGAACAAACAAAUAUUCCUAAUAUCUUCGCCGUUGGUGAUUGUACUGAUAUUAAGUUUGAAUUGGCUCCUCUCGCCAUCGAAGCUGGGUUCCUAUUAGCUCGGCGUCUUUAUGCUUGUACAAAUGUUCAAACAGAUUACGACAAUAUACCUACUACAGUAUUUACCUCAGUGGAAUAUAGCUCUGCUGGUCUUACUGAAGAAGAGGCAGUUGAAAAGUAUGGCCAAAAAGAUAUUGAAAUUUUCGUUCAAAACUUUACUCCACUUGAAUGGACUUUGCCUCAUCGUCCUGAAAAUAAAUGUUAUGCCAAGUUAAUUUGUGCUGUCAAAGAAAAUAUGCGAGUAUUAGGAAUCCAUUAUGUUGGCCCUAAUGCUGGUGAAGUUAUGCAAAUGGCUGCGCUAUGUUUGAAGAAAAGCUGCAAUAAAGAUGAAUUCGAUGCUUUAAUCGGUAUUCAUCCAACUUGCGCUGAGAUUUUCACUACUUUAGCGGUCACAAAGCGAAGUGGAGUCUCAGCUGAUGCUCAAGGUUGCUGAGGUUAAAUUUCCUCUCCUUCAUACAUCUUUGGAUAAUCAAGCGUAUUUUAUCAUGAUAUGAUAUGAUCAAUCAUUUCUCAAUUAUCCAAAGAUUAGGAGAGGAACUCUCAUCAACUCUUUUUUGUUUCAAUUCGAUUUACCGUUAAUUCGGUUCUUUAUGAUGACUGGUGUGUAAAGCCUCUAUGGAAGCGCACUAGUUUGAUGCUCGAUUUGGAAUAAAAUUUUUUGUAGUUAGCCAAUCCCUUAAUAAAUUAAAGCAUGAUCUAAUUGUACUAUUGAUAUAGUUCUAUUGAUAUUUUUUAGUACAGCCGUAGCGCAAUUUAAAUGAAAACGACCCUUUUCACUUUUUUCA